GGGAGGCUAAAAGGCAGCGGCUAGCUUCCCGCACCGCACCGCCCGCGGAGAGAUCCGCUCACAGCAUCGCCUCGACCUGAAGUCAGCGACAAGAUCCGCCGAAAUGGGAGAGCAGCCUAUCUUCAGCACACGGGCCCACGUCUUCCAGAUUGACCCCAAUACGAAGAAGAACUGGGUUUCUACCAGUAAACAUGCUGUCACAGUCUCCUACUUCUUUGAUAGUACCAGGAAUGUAUACCGAAUCAUCAGCCUGGAUGGCUCUAAGGCCAUUAUUAACAGCACAAUCACCCCCAAUAUGACGUUCACAAAAACAUCUCAGAAGUUUGGCCAGUGGGCUGACAGCCGGGCCAACACUGUCUACGGGCUGGGCUUUUCCUCUGAGAGCCACCUGGUUAAGUUUGCAGAUAAGUUUGCUGAGUUCAAAGAGGCAGCUAGGUUAGCAAAGGAGAAGUCUCAGGAGAAGAUGGAGCUCACCAGCACGCCCUCUCAGGAGUCAGCCACAGGUGACCUACAAUCACCUUUGACUCCAGAGAGUAUAAACGGUACAGAUGACGAAAGACUCACACCAGACACGCCUCAGCACACUGAACUCAGAGCAGAGCCCUUGCAGAACGCACUCCCGCUCUCACACAGUUCAUCCAGCAUCAACAAGCACUGGGAGGCCGAGCUGGCGGCGCUGAAGGGGAACAACGCCAAGCUGACGGCAGCGCUGCUGGAGUCCACAGCCAACGUCAAACAGUGGAAACAGCAACUGGCCGCCUACCAGGAGGAGGCCGAGAGGCUGCACAAACGGGUGACAGAGCUGGAGUGUGUGAGCAGUCAGACAACAGUGAUCAAGUCUCAGAAGACAGAACUCAACCAAACAAUAGAGGAGCUGGAGCAGGCAUUAAAAUCCAAAGAAGAGGAACUGGAAAGGCUCAAGGCGGAGGUGGAAAGUGCCAACGAUUUCCAGUCUCAGAAAGAUUUGCUCACGCAGAAACUGCAGGACACGGAGUCGAGAAACCAGACGUUGGAAGCGCAGCUGAGUGAGCUGGAGCAGCGUUUAGAAAGCAACCAAGCGGAGCGAGAAGCCUUUCGCAAGAGCCUGCGCUCCCUGCUGGAGCUGCUGGACAGCAAAAUUUUUGAGCUGACCGAGCUUCGUGACACUUUGGUCAAGCUCAUCGAGGGCAGUUAGAGGGAAGAUACGCACGGACAUACGCAUACAGACACACACAAGCACACUCAAAAAAAACACUGCCCCCAUCACCACCAUCACGCCAUGGCAAUGCAAUGUGUCCUCAGCGGCACUCGACAACCACAGGAUCCACCUGCGUACUGCAUGUCGGCACUCACACUUCCAUCAUCAUACAAACAACUUGAAUCUUAUUUCAACACGUGCUACACACAUAACCAAGUAUGUUUACACACGACUUUAUGCAUAACGCUACACAUUUUUCUACAUCUAUAUAUUGAUAUUUAGAUCAGUACACGUUUACAAGAGCCUGCUAAAGAGGCUUUGCUUGGACCAUGCCUUCCCUCCAACCCUCUGGGAUACUCUUGACUCUCUGACAGCAGAUAAACUCCUGUUGUACUCUGAAUGAUCUAUUUUUGUCACCUCUUUCUGAUUAGCAUUCCAUUUGAGAGGAGUUUUUUUUUUUCUUUCUUU